AUGGUAAUGGUGGACAAGGCAGACGUGUACCCACGUUGGGACAAGGAAAUAGAUGACGAGAAGGUGGACAACAUCAUCAAGGCCUUGCUUGGGGAAUUUGGUGGAGGAUGGGUGUGGAAACCAGCUGACUGGGUUAGAGAAGGGAUAUCGGUGGUUAAGAAGGUGAAGUCCGAGAAGUCUGUGAAGUCAGAGAAGUCUCAUGGCAAGAGGAGUCUCUCUGAUGAGGCUGAUGAUGAUGAAGCGAUAAGUGUCAAAAGAGCUCGGACCUCAGAUGGUUCACCUGCGGAGGCCUCUGGUGCUGGCUGGAAAGGUCUUGAGGCGAAGAUUGAGGAGCUUUUUAAAGACUUCACCAAAAAACACUUCGAGGAGAUGAGUAAGACCCAGGAAAAGAUUCAGGUCCUCACCGCUCAAGUCGCUGUGGUAGGGAGGAUUGUCAAGAAGCUUUCGCAUCCUCAGGCUCAGGAUUCUGUGAAGUCCAGUGAGGAUACUGCGAAGUCCAAUGAGGAUUCUGCGAAGGCCAAUGAAGAGCUGGAGAAGAAGAAUGAGGAGCUGGAGAAGAAGAAUGAGGAGAAGUCCGAUGAGGAGCCGGAUAAGUCCGAUGCCGGUGAAGGGAAGACGGCUCCGCCUGGUGGAACGGAAGAUACGGAUUGCACUUGGCUCCGGACACAUAUUCCAACUGAUUCUGAGGAAGCCGAAGAGAAAAGGCAACAGGAAGAGCAGAUCAAGGCGGCUAAUGUUAUGGCAAGAGGGAAAAGUGAGAGAGUAAGGAAGCUGGCGUUUACUCAGAAAGGUGAGUUCCAAGGAAACAGCACCGCUAGAAGGAUCAUCCUAAACAACCCCCCGGAGAUACCCAAUUCCCCACCGAAAUCACUUAAGAUCAUCUCUAAACCGAGGAAAGCAGCUAUUACGAAGAAAGCAGCUAAUCCGAAGAAAGCAGAUCCGAAGAAAUCACCUCCUCCGAAGAAAGCAGCUAAUCCGAAGAAAGCACCUGAACCUAAGAAAGCACCUGAACCUAAGAAAGCAACCGGUGGCAAUGAACCUCUAGGGUAUAAUCCAUUUGCUCGACCUCUCGAGGAAAGGAUAACACCAAUGCGGGCAUUCGUCUCCGGAUUACCGGGUUAUUCUGCAGCUACAGAGCCGGAGCCGGACAAGUUCGAUUACCCGGAAUGGCACUGGUGGUUUACUUUACUCACGGGGUUUCAAUGGCUAUCGGAUAGCCAUAUGAAGUCCUGGGCCACCAUGAUGACUCACCGCCUAGCAACGCGACCAGAGUUGUUUAAAAAUGAUAGGAUCUGCUUCCUUAACAGCCAUAUCACUCAAUUUUGGGAAAGGGACUGGCCCAGGUUUCAGAGAUGUCAAAUGCUGCCUCCUAAUUCGCUGGACUGGUACUUUGGUAAUCUCCCGAAAAGCCAGCCCAGCAAUAAGCGAUGGGGUUAUGAUGUUGAUGAUUUAUUCAUUCCAUUGAAUAUCAAGAAUAAGCAUUGGGUCGCGCUGCAUGUCUCCAUACCCAAAAGGCACAUUACCAUCUACGACAGUAUGGUGGACUGGCUCGAUGAUGCGGAAAUGGACUUGUUGGUGGAACCCUAUGCGGUGAUGAUGCCGAAUCUUAUGCACUCCGCGGCUCAGGCUGAGGACAAAUGCGUCUACUUCGAUGCGAAGUACACGCACAGCCGUCCGAGUAAGGAUGUGCCGCAGCAAGUGGGGGCUGGAGAUUGUGGCGUGUUUGUCCUCAAGUUCAUCGAGUGCCUGGCAGUCGGAUAUGCCGCAUUUCCGAAGACGUUGUGUCAGAAAAACAUCACCAUGUUUAGGGAGCAGAUUGCGUCUGAUAUGUACCAUGAGAUCAACUGCCGUGGACCGGUCGAGGACCCAGAUGAUUGGGACAAUGUCGAUUUGUAUGACGAGAGAUUAUGA